AUGGCUACUAGCGAUAACUACUCGGAGACCCGGGUUGGGAUGAGUAAGGACAAUACUCGCACGCGUGUCGAAGUAGGAGGUCCUAAAUGGCAGGGCUCAGCUUAUCCUGCUGACUACGACAAGCACGAAUUUCAAACUUGCGGAGACGAUAAGAAUGAUGAUGUCGAGCCUCGCAUGUCCUUUCGUAGAGCCAUGAGCUUAAUAGCCUUGGCGUUUCUCUGGACCGGCAGUCAGAUCCCGGCCUACAUUCUCGGUGCUGUCCCUCCCUACAUUUAUAGUGACAUCGGAGGGCUCGACCGCUAUGUCUGGUUUGUUCUAGCUUAUCUCCUUGCACUCGCUGCCGUAUGCCCUUUUGUGGGCUCCAUUUCCGAUCUGAUGGGUCGUCGGUAUGUGGCUUUGAUGGGGGGAGUCUUGCUGGUGGUUGCCAUGAUUAUCUGCAGCACGGCCCAAGUCAUGAAUACCUUCAUUGCAGGCAUGGCGAUCGCAGGCGUCGGUGCUGGAAUCUGUGAAUUGACUGCCCUUGCUGGCACAGCGGAGCUGGCGCCAACUCGGAAUCGUGGAAAAUAUGUUGCUGUGCUGAUGUUGACCAUUCUUCCAUUUAUUCCGUCAGUUCUUUGGGCGCAGCUGAUUGCGGCAAAGGCUGGGUGGAGAUAUUGUGGCGCUCUCUGUGGAGCAUGGGCUGCGGUCGGGCUAUUCGCAACACUAUUCUUCUACUUCCCACCUCCUCCGGUGCACCCCAGAGUGUCGACGAGGAAGCAGAUCUUAGCGGAAAUUGACUGGAUCGGUGGGUUGUUGAGCAUCGGUGGUUUGAUAUUAUUCAUGGCUGGUCUGCUGUGGGGCGGGUAUCAGUACGCCUGGUCGUCUGCACAUGUCCUUGUUCCCCUCUUGCUAGGGGCAGGCCUGCUCGGAGUCUUCUGCAUCUGGGAAGCCUAUGGCGCCAAGUACCCAAUGUUCCCUGCCCGCUUGAAGCGAGAGCCGCGAAUCCUUGCCCUGAUCCUCAUCAUCACAUUCAUCUCCGGGGCGAACUUCUUCAGCGCUUUGGUAUUCUGGCCAACGCAAGCCUUCAACGUCUACAACCACGAUCCCAUCGGCGUCGGCAUCCGCGGCCUCCCCCUCGGCAUUGGCAUCCUCGCCGGCGCUUGUGUUGUCCUCUGGCUUCUCAGCGCCUACGGCCACAACAAAGAACUCAUGAUUAUCUCCGCCGUCCUCAUGACAGCCGGCUGUGGCAGUCUCGCCGCAGCCACCCCCGACAACCUCGGCAAAUUAUGGGGACUCCUCAUCCUUGCCGGGUUAGGAAUCGGCGGCAUCGUGGUGCCCGCGACCAUCAUAUCCACGAUCAUCUGCCCUGACGACCUGAUCGCCACCAUCACGGCGCUGACGCUCUCGGUCCGUGUCAUCGGCGGCGCAAUCGGCUACGCCGUCUACUUCAACAUCUUCAUCUCGAAAUUCGUCUCCAAUGCCCAAUCCUAUAUCGGCGGCGUCAUGGCCACGCAGCUCAACAUCACGGAUGUCACCGCCAUCACCCACGCCAUCGAGCUUACUGCCGUAUCGCUCAUCGAAGGCAUUCGCGAGAUACCCGGGAUCGCUGGCAACGAGACGGCGUAUCAGAUGGUCAUCGACGCGGGCAAGUUGGCUUAUUCAAAGAGCUAUAGCUAUGUCUAUCUGGCUAGCAUCGCGUUCGGGGUGAUCAGUAUUGUUGCCGCGUGCUUUUUGGGUGACAUCGAUAAGUACAUGGAUGAUCAUGUCGCAGUGAAAAUGUGA